CUCCUCUGCAGACGCUGCUGUGUGCUCUGGGAUUGUGGAGAAGGAGGAGAAUGACCUGAGGAAGGAGGGAGACCAGGACGACAAACAACAACAAAGACCAAAAAAGGCCCCAAAAACUGGAAAGUCUCCACCGGAAAGUGACCAAAUCAACCUGACAUCUUCACUGCGAGAAGAAGAAAUAGUGGAUCGAUUAGAAUGACCAGUCCCUGUGUGUGGAUCCUCCUGCUCCUCUGGGCCUGGUCAGCUGAGGCGUACCGGACCCCUUACGACCAGAGACAAGAACCAGAAUCCAGUCGGGACCAGACUGACCCCUGGGAAUACCGGCGAGAUGGCAGCCCCAGGGACAUGAGAGAGUGCCGACGAUGCUGCGACCCAGGAGAGGAGCCUCCCUCUCAGUAUGUGAGCCAACAACCCCAGCAGCACCCACCGUACCACAUAGUGCCACAGAUCAACAUCACUAUACUCAAAGGUGAGAAGGGUGACAGCGGCGAUCGAGGGCCCUAUGGUAAAUCAGGCAAAGCUGGCCACAUGGGUCCCACGGGUCCUCCGGGGAUUAAGGGUAACAAGGGCAGUGUGGGCCACCCUGGUGAACCCUGCAAGAGCUACUUCGCAGCGUUCUCUGUGGGUCGUAAGAAGGCUCUACACUCCAACGACUACUACCAGACUCUGGUAUUUGACACAGAGCUAGUGAAUCUCUACAGCCACUUCAACAUGUUCACCGGAAAGUUCUACUGCUACGUGCCCGGCAUCUACUACUUCAACCUGAACGUGCACACGUGGAACCAAAAGGAGACGUACCUGCACGUGAUGCACAACGAGCGGGAGGUGGUGAUCCUGUACGCCCAGCCUAGCGACCGCUCCAUCAUGCAGAGCCAGAGCCUGAUGCUCGAGCUGGAGAGAGAUGACCAGGUCUGGGUCAGGCUCUACAAAGGCGAGAGGGAGAAUGCCAUCUUCAGCGAUGACUUUGACACCUACAUCACCUUUAAUGGACACCUGAUAAAGCCCAAAAAUGAGGUGUAGGUAGGAGGUGCAUGCAUGAGCCAGCACCUAAAGAGGCUGGAUGCAUGGACAGGGAAGUGGCAUAGCGGUGCCUCAGUGCACAGUGCGGUAACCUGAGCAGUGAUGGUAUGACAUAUCGUAUCAUGUAGGCAGUGGUGUAGCAGAGACAGCCUGUUGCUGUUGCAACGCCUGUCUUUGCUCUGAUAGUAUUUUUAAGCCCUUUAAUUGUACUAAAGGAGAACUCUCCCCAUCUUCAAUUUGUGAUGCUCAAUUCAUUCGAGGUACCGUAAAAACUGGUAAAUAAGAUGCACCUUUAGUACAAUUUUUUUCCAUUAAAAAAUUUUGAUACUCUUGUAAACUAGUGUGUCCUAUACACCAGUAAUAUGCAGAGAGAGGCUGGAUGUGGAUAUGGCUUUAUUUGUAGGUCUAUGGGUGGAAUGUGGACCCAGCACAUGCUGCUAUAGGCUAGAGCCUGUGCGCAAGUUGUCAUGCAGCAGUGCAUUGACACUCGGGAAGAGUCAAGUUUAAUGAGAGUGAACUGGAUGAUGACUGGCGGCAAGGCAAAGUUUAGUUUAAGCUCAGCUUAAGACCUUGGCAAAACAAAAAAGAGAAUAGAGAGAGAAAAUGUUUGUGUCUAAUGGUUUAUAAAGGAAUGCUAGUUUGUGAAUGAAUAGCUACUGGUACUUAGAUAAAGUAGUCUUUGACAGAAAACCUCCUUUGCAGGCAGGAGCCCCAGAAAUGUAGGCUGCAUCUUUUAUAUCAAUGCGACUUAUUUAAUAGUUUUUACGGUAUUAUUUUAUGAUCAAGCGUUAUGAUUCCCUUUUUGGUGUCCCAGCUUUCUCUUUGCAUUUCAUUCUGCUCUAACAUUGGUAGAGAAAUUGGUAGCUCGGCCUCUUCUAUAAUGAAUUUUUCACCCUUUUAUUUUUCGGGAAUGACCUCAAAACCUUAUAUCAAGCUCCAUGGUAGCUCAUUGGAAAUAUUUCAGUGUGUUAUCAUGCUGUCUACAUUCGGCCAGUUGUCCACAUGAAUAACAAAAAUAGACCCACAAAACAAAAUCAAUCCAGAAAUACAAGCUAAAUUGCCAGUAGUUGCUUUUCAAUAUUCUUACCAUGGGCUUUAGUUUCAAAGGUGCUAUAUAUGUGCAUUUUGUGUUUCUCAAAUUUAAGACCACAUUUCCUGUAAGGAGUGUUGCCUCUUGUUUCCAAGAUGUUGUUACUUGUCCCUUGUCCCUCCUCCCUGUUGUCGCUCCCAUUUGCUUUGCAGAGCCAGUAACAAUGCUUGAUAGCAGUGAAAGUGUGCUCUGAUCAGGUAUGCUAACAGCAAGUUGAAACUGGAAAAAGGUUUUGUAUUGCUGGCAAAGUGAAAAUGGUUCCUAUUUGAUGCUGCAAAGCAAUCGAGCAGAUUACCUACACAUCUGACCGGUAUUGGCAGCUGGUGCUGGCAGGCUGCCACUCCUCUCAGCAACCUCUCUCACUUGUUUACAGUAAUCAUACUAAUGUCUCCAGAUUAAUUUGUUAUUGCUUUAUUGAGGUCAAAAAUGUGACAUGUAAAACAACUCAAACCAUAUUUCAGGGGAUUUGAAAGGUGCAUGUGACAUAUUGCAAACAAUGCAUGCUGGAGGGAAAUGUCUGUAAUGACAAACAUGAUGAAUAUGAUUUCAUCAUGUCAAACACAAUAUAUCAAGCACCCCGUCUUUAUAAGCAUAUCAGCUGGACCUAUUGUAUAUUUCAUCAUAAGCUAUAAGGUUAAGUUAGUUGUUUUCUUGCAUUUCUCGCCUUUCAUUUUUGGGGUCCCCACAAAAGACAACAAGAACAACAUGCACUUAAAAAUAAACAAAAUGAUACAACAAUGCUAAUAAUAG